AUGGAGGGCGCAUCAAUGCGCUGCUCCCGCCAUGUCCUGAGAUCCCCACCUCUCUAUCCCCCGCCUCGCCGUGCCUUUGGUCCGACUGUCGUCCACGCCGUAUGCGUGGAGAAGGGCAACCGUUUCCGCCCUCGGACAGACGGCAAGCAAGCCUCACCCACAGUAACGGACGGUCACUUGAUUCGGCGACGUUUCCGUGUGACAAGACGGGCUCGGUCUUCGCUUAAACGGGUAGCCCCAUGCUUCGAGUUGAAAUGGUUGCGCCAGGCACGACAAAGAUCCCGUCCUCGCCGUGGCUCGCUACCAAGUUUAUAUCACCAUGACUGUCACGGCCACCGUCAGCCGCAGCUUAAACGGCGGAAUGAGGCUCGACAUGUCCCCGCGAAAACGGGUAGCGCACCCGUCGGCGAACCGCUCACCCAAAGCCCGUCAAUCACCACCAGAAUAAGCCGCCAAGACAAGGGAACCAAGGGUCAUCUCCGCACAGUCGCAGCCGGACGCGUUCAACGGCCCGCGCUGCACGUCAAGCAGCAGGGACUCUUGACGGCGGCGCUGGCCCGAUCCGGAAGGUCUAAUGCUUGCUUAUCCCGAGCAUCAGACCAGCAGCCGUAUUGUCUGGGGAACCCGACACGGCGGAUUUAA